GAUUUGUUUAUUACCAUGGAUGAAUUCAUGAACUUAUUUAUCUGGCAGAUCACAGACUCCAGGGAGCUGAAUUAUCUGGAAUCCUUCAAAUCUCAGAGGAAAAAAAAGAGCAGUAAGAUAGUCAAACCUUGGCCUAGAAAUCAAAAAUUCUGUGAACAAGAUUCUCAGCGCUCCCAUCUCUCAUCUUUCACCAUGAAGUUGAUGGACAAGUUUCAUUCACCAAAAAUAAAGCGAACACCAUCAAAGAAAGGGAAACAGGUCGACCUGACAGUGAAAACAUUGGAGAAGCCAGUGAACAAAAAUUUAAGUAGGCUUGAGGAGCAGGAAAAGGAGGUUGUAAGUGCGUUGCGCUACUUUAAAACCAUUGUGGACAAAAUGGCAAUUGACAAGAAAGUACUGGAGAUGCUGCCAGGUUCAGCGACUAAAGUGCUGGAGGCUGUCGUAAGUCUUGUCCAAAUAGAGCCACAGAUUCAGCAAAGUUCUGCCAUCUCUUCCUGCUACAGCCGGGUGUACCAGAGUCUGGGAAAUCUGAUUCGUUGGUCUGAUCAGGUGAUGCUGGAGGGGGUGAAUUCGGAAGACAAGGAAAUGGUGACAACAGUGAAGGGUGUCAUAAAAGCUGUUCUGGAUGGAGUAAAGGAGCUGGUCAGACUCUCAGUCGAGAAGAAGGAACAUCCAUCUCCCACAAGCCCAGUUAAGCCCAGUUUACCAGUAUGUAAAUCCGACAGUCCCUCAGAGCUUCCCCUGACGGACAGAGAGAUGGAGAUUCUCAAUAAGACAACUAGUAUGUCUCAGUCUGCCGACGUACUGACCGACUCAAUGGAUGAAGAGAUUGCCCCUCCCAAGCCCCCUCUACCUUGCAUUCGUGUGGCAGAAAACAGCCCUCCUCCAGCAUUGCCCCCUAAGAAAAGGCAGUCUGCACCUUCUCCUACCAGAGUGGCAGUAGUGGCACCUAUGAGUCGAGCCACCAGUGGAUCUAGUUUACCUAUUGGAAUCAACAGACAGGGACAGAGUGGGGAGUACCAGUUCAUUCCAGAGUGGGGGCCCAGCCACUCCUAUGGAGGGGAAUCCCCUCGCCUCUCACCAUGCAGUAGCAUGGGUAAGCUCAGCAAGUCUGACGAGCAGCUCUCCUCGCUGGACCGGGACAGUGGGCAGUGCUCCCGCAACACAAGCUGUGAAACAUUAGAUCACUAUGAUCCGGACUAUGAAUUCCUGCAACAGGACCUCUCUAAUGCUGACCAGAUACCUCAGCAGGUGCCAAGUGUCCUCAGCCCAUUGCCAGAGUCCUUGGGCGAGUGUGGCUCCCCAUUACAUGGACACGUUUUCCAGCUGCCACCGAGCAGUUCCCCCCAACCGCAAUACUGCAGCCCAUUGACAGCAACACAGUCUACAGAGACUCCUCCAGCCUUGCCAGAGAAGAAGAGGCGGAGUGCAGCCUCUCAGAUUUUGGAUAAUGCGGGCUGCAGGAUUUCCUAUGAGAGGCACCCCUCACAAUAUGAUAACAUCUCAGAAGAUGAUAUGCAGAACCCAGGAGCUCUCUCAUCAGUACCUUUCUCAGCAUUUGUUCCUGUCUUGCCCUUCCAGCAGGGCAAUUCUUCAGUGCCAGCUGAAUUCAUUACUGAGUUUGCUGCUCCUGACUCUACGGGUGACCCAGAGAAACCACCCCCUCUUCCAGAGAAGAAAAACAAACACAUGAUGGCAUAUAUGCAGUUUGUGGAAGAUUACUCAGAGCCGCAGCCAUCCAUGUUCUACCAGACACCUCAGAACGAACACAUCUACCAGCAGAAAAACAAGCACCUCAUGGAAGUCUAUGGGUUCAAUGACUCAUUCAGCAGCACAGACUCAUCACAAGAGCUAGCCCCGCCUCCUGCUCUUCCACCAAAACAGCGACAGCUGGAAUCUCCCGCCAUCAAAGACGGCCAUCCCAAAGACUCUACUUCGCAUAGCAGCACCAGUGGGAAGGAAAGCAAAGAUGGUGGUGAGAGGCUGCAGAAGUCACCAGAUGAUUUGGAAUCAUCGCUGUUGGAAGAAGAGGUAGAUGAGCUGUCUUUGAUUGAUCACAAUGAAAUUAUGUCUCGGCUGACAUUGAAACAGGAGGGUGAUGAUGGACCAGAUGUUCGUGGUGGAUCUGGGGAUAUUUUGCUAGUCCAUGCAACUGAGACAGAUAGGAAAGAUCGGGUGCUGUAUUGUGAAGCCUUUUUGACAACGUACAGAACAUUCAUUACCCCUGAAGAGCUCAUCAAGAAGCUGCAAUACCGAUAUGAGAAGUUCUGUCACUUCACAGAGACUUUUAAGAAGCGAGUGAGCAAGAACACAUUCUUCGUGCUGGUGAGAGUGGUGGACGAGCUGUGCUUAGUGGAGUUGACGGAAGAGAUCCUAAAGUUGUUGAUGGACUUGGUGUUCCGGCUAGUCUGCAAUGGGGAGCUCAGUCUUGCGAGAGUGCUACGCAAAAACAUUCUGGAUAAAGUGGAGCAGAAGAACAUUCUGAGAUACGCCAAUUCAAUCAAACCUCUAGCAGCCCGAGGGGUGGCAGCCAGGCCUGGGACCUUGCAUGAUUUCCAUAGUCUUGAAAUAGCCGAGCAGCUGACCCUUUUAGAUGCUGUGCUCUUCUAUAAGAUAGAGAUCCCAGAAGUUUUGCUUUGGGCAAAAGAGCAAAAUGAGGAGAAGAGUCCCAACCUAACACAGUUCACUGAGCACUUUAAUAACAUGUCCUACUGGGUCCGUUCGAUAAUCAUGCUACAAGAGAAACCGCAAGACAGAGAGAGGCUGCUCCUUAAAUUUAUAAAGAUCAUGAAGCACUUACGAAAGCUGAAUAAUUUUAACUCCUAUCUGGCCAUUCUUUCUGCGCUGGAUUCAGCACCCAUCCGAAGGCUGGAGUGGCAGAAACAGACAUCGGAGGGCUUGGAAGAGUAUUGCACACUCAUUGACAGCUCCUCGUCAUUCCGGGCCUACCGAGCAGCGCUGGCAGAGGUGGAACCUCCCUGUAUACCUUACUUAGGCCUGAUUCUGCAGGACUUGACAUUUGUUCACUUGGGAAACCCAGAUUACAUCGAUGGCAAAGUGAACUUUUCCAAACGUUGGCAACAGUUUAACAUCCUGGACAGCAUGAGGCGCUUCCAACAAAUCCAUUACGACAUCAAAAGAAAUGACGAUAUAGUCUCUUUCUUCAAUGACUUCAGCGACCAUUUGGCUGAGGAGGCCUUGUGGGAACUGUCUCUUAAAAUCAAACCUCGAAACAUAACGAGGCGAAAAACAGACAGGGAAGAGAAAACCUAGGAAAAGGGGCACAUGAGCAAGGAGAAUCGCUCUGCGAAUGCACAGAGGGCAGCUAUGAGACUGGAGUAAAAACUUGUACCUGUUACUGGAUGACGCACUCUUCCUGCUCCGGUGGCAAGAGUCGCUUGCUUCCUGGGUCUGUGAAUGUUGGAUUCUCUCAGCAGAAGAAUUGUGAAUGUGUGUGUCACAUCAGACAGCAACAGCCAAGGAAAACCAAUGCUCGCUCCAUUCUCCUUCCUCCACCUCCCGUCUCUCCACGCCGUCAGUCAGCUUUAAACCUGUGACGAGAGUGCCGUGGAAAGAGGCUCCUCUGUCAGCGUGUGGCUGGUUUGCCAAUUGAUGUUUUACAUGUAUUCUGAAAUACUCUUGCUUUUGUCUUCUGACACCAGGGGGCAGCAGCAAUAGCUCCGCAGCCAAUAAGCUGCAAGGGUGUGUCUGGCAAAGCACCUAUACAGCUGGCAAAAACUGUGGAAACCCUGGAUUGUUCCCUGUUACCUUCUUGUCUCCCAUGCAGUGUGGUCGUGAAUCACUUUUUCCCCCCAGGGAAGAUGGGGCGGCAGGCUGGAGGGGCCUUGUACUCUUCUUGCCAGAGAAGCUCCAUUUUGGAAGCAUUUUUGUGUGUUUACAGGGUUAUUAAAUCAAAUUGUCCCAGAUUUCUCUGGUGGAAGGCAGCCACCAGAGAUAUGGAAGAGGCAUUGAAAACAUAGGCAAGGACUGCUGUCUUCAGUCAUCCCAUUGCCCUUCCUCCCCCAGGUCUCGUUAUUUAAAGAUGCUAACUCUCCCAGCUCUGGGAACGUUGACUAGCCAAGGUACUGCGGCUCAAGCACCCUUUGAGCCCGUUUCCCUUCGUGAUGGUACUAGCUACUGCACAGGAAAUACUGUAGUGUAUCGACUGUUUGUAAAUACUAGUAUUUAGAUCCCACGGAGGGCGGGGGUUGAUGCAUGUCAAAUCGCCAGUGGGUUUAAGGAAAUCAAGUGCAAAACAGUGUCUCUAAAUCCACAACUAGUGAAAACGUCUUUCCGAGUGCUGGAAUAAAAGAGGCUUGGGGCAGCUGAGUCUGGAGUGGAGGAUAGAGGGGGUCGUCUGGAACCAGGAGGAAUAUUUCCAGGAUUUUAAACGCUAAGGUGCAAAGGAAAGGACAUGUGUUUGGUGCUAAGACUGGUUAUCCUCUCUCCCUCACCCAUCUCGCUUGGGGUAGCUGCCAGAAGUGUUAUGCAACCCCCUCUGCAUAACCCUUGGUGCUGCAUUUAUGUGACCUAAAGGUCGGAAAAGCCAGAAGGCAUCGUUGGGUGGCAAAGUUCUGUCCACAGUACAGUCAAGAUUCAGUGGAACACAGGCAGACUGGCACAUACUGGGAAGUUAGCACAUCAUGCGUCAUGUUAACCCUUAUCUGGUCCAUGUGCCUUAUUCAGUUUCUCUACCAUUUACCCCUCUGGUCAUGCCCUCAGAUGAGCAGUGCAGCUAGGAUUUUCCACCAGUGCAGCUAAGACUGGCCAAUUCACACCUGCGACAUUUUUGUGUCCUUCAUCAACUGUUUACAGCGUUGGUCAUGUUUUCAGGAAUACGUGCAAGGCCUCGUUUGGAACUGUGUGGUGUAGUUUCCCUGAUGGUGAAUCACUGGGUUUUAUAGCAAAUUCUAACAAAACCUUUGCAGCUUUUAGGGAUGUAACUCUUAGGGCUUCUCCCAGCAGCAUUCACUUCCUCAUCAAGAGAUGUUCAGUGUCUGCCAAGCCUACCUAGUUCUGAGUGAACCAGGGUUACAAAACCCUUUCUUCUUCACACUCAUAGCAGUCGUUCCUUGUCCCUUUUGUUAAAUGGCGGCUUUGACUGACAAUCUGUUUGAUACCAGAUGGAGUGGUCUCCCCACAAACCUUGUACCUAUUUAACUGAAGGUGUAUUUUUAAACCAGUUUGUGUAGAUACUUCUAUUUCAGUCUGAGUGUCUCGUGGCAAUUUAGCUUAAGUAAAUUCUUUCCUGACUUAAGCUAACCUGAAAUAAGAGUCUCUACACAGUCUGUUGCACCAGUUUAACUAAAUCUGUUUUUAAAGCGAUAUAAUUUUUUCAAGUAGAAAAGCCCAUAGUCAGAUGCAGGAUUAGUUUUCUGUGCACGUGCAGCAUUCUUGCUUGUUCCUGACAUUCCUCUAUUUGUCUUUGCCAUGUUACCGGCUGACUCAUUCUAAAUGUGAAUGGCUAGCUGGGGAGAAUGCAUGAAAUGAUUAUUCAAUCAGUGCAGCUGUAUUUCAUGUAAAGGGAAUAUAGACACGACCAAGAGGUCAGCCGACCAUUCCUGGCUAGUUCCAAGCAGCCUGUAGAAAGGGGAACAGCCAAAGAGAAGCCUGUCAAUACUGAAGAGAGGAAAUUUAACAAGUUUAAGAAGCCAGAUUUGUUGUUUAUGAAGCUAAUCUGUGAGAGUUGUUGAGCUGGCUGCUUUGCAGGAUAAAGUCGUAGCUGACUGCGAAGCAGCCAACACGCUCCACCUCUUGCUUAGUUAGAAUCCUUGCCUGCUUGGUCUGAGCACGUCACUUGGUUAUUUAAGGCGAGUGUUGUAGCAGAGGUGAUUUAUAGCAGUAUUGGGUGUGGUGUUGUGGCUAAAAUUGUCCUUUCAUUUCAGUGCAUUCCAGCUUGGUGCCUAGUGUGUGUGAGUUGUGCUCCCUCUGGGUUAAAGUCUGAUGAGGCUCCCUGGGACUGUCCCAUCUCUUGGCGGGAGGGAAGGGGGGGCAGAGGUGGCUGGGGGAGAGGCCUCAGCAGGCAGAUGCACCUCAGUCAGAAUGCACCUUGUCCUAAGCUGCCCCACCGAUGCUCAUGUCUCGUCUGGCUUUGCUGUGUAGCCGAUUCAAGUCCCUGCUGUGCAACUAAACUGCAGACAAGACCCCCCUGAACCAUGCAUAGGAGGAGACAAAGCUGCCAUCCGCACACAGCCAGCUCCUAAUGAAAGGAAGCCACUGGUGUGUGUGCUGGCUGCCACGUGGCUGCUGUGAGGAUCAGUGCUCGAGUCCUGGUUGUGCAAAUAACCAGCUGGGGGAGGCUGCUGCUGUGACCCAGACCCUAUCAACACGGUGCCCAAGGCAAAGAACUGGAGAAGGAGAAGCAGCUGGGGCUGGGCAGCAGGAUGAAUCACUCCGUAAUUGCCCUGUUCUAGGCUUUGCCUCUGGAGCAUCUGGCACUGGCCCCUGCUGGAAGACAGACUCCUGCCUAGAUGGCCCAUUGGUCUGACCCAGCAGGGCUGCCAUUUGGGUUCCUUGGUGGCAAGCGGAGUGCUGGCUUGCCUCUCAAGUUGAGGUUUGUGCUUGUGGUUUUGAAGAGUAGUGGUCUGACCUGGGGACUCGCUUCAUGGACAGGCGCUGGGGCGUGGGGGCGGUGUUCUCGUCAACGCGUAAAAACAAGCUUCAGUAAUGUUCCGCCCUGGCCGGGGCAGGCCUAGCCGUUCCACGGGCGUGACGGUUUCACUCCUGCUCUAUGCUUCACUGUGAUCAGAAGCCAGACACCAGAGCCAUCUGCAGGCCUGCGAAUGCAUCGGUCAGUCAUGCCUCUUGCAGGCAGAGUCCUUCGACCGUUUCCCCUCUCAGAGGAGUGGGGCUUCCUUUUUUUAAAGCUUUGACUGAAGAUUCAGGCGGAGGCCAAAUAAGAGAUGUUGGCAGUUUGUAUGUUACUGCUGGGAUGACAGCAGAUAUACUCAGAGUUGUGGAAGGGAGCCCUAUGUUACCCCGACUCUGCUGAGCCGCUUGCCAGCCCUGCUGAUCCCAAGUCUCUCUCAGCCUAGAAUGUUACAUUGUUCUCUAUUGACCACUAAGCCCACCCUGGUCGGGACAUCUUCCUGCAAACAUUUCAAACCUGUACCUUUUUAUAUUAAAGCAAAAUAAACACAGAUAAAGAACCCAGCCUAACGAUCAUGUUUACAGUGCAUGCAGCAGUCUGCAGAUUAAAGUGACAAUCGAAUCCA